CCUAAUGGCGGAGAACGUACGGUCGCCUUUCGACUAUCGGGAGCCACCGACUCUUGACAGCGAUGGAGACGGUGGCAAGCCUCCGCCACCACGGGGGCGAGUGUGUGGCCGAAAGAGAAAGGGCACUCCUGUUAAGGUGUGCGAUCGGGCAUAUGUGACAGAAGAUGAAGAAGAAAGUUUGUCUGAACACAGUUACAGUCCAGGUGAAGGGCAGUACCCAGAUGAAGCAGAGGAUCAGCUUCCCCCUCCCAGCAGUCCAUACUAUCUUGCUGAUCCAUCUCAGCUUUGUGUCUCGGAGCUAGGCGAAGAAGGCGCCGGUGGUGUUCGUGGCCCUGUGCUCUUUCCCCCUCUACCGCCUAACUGCAGGAUCAGAGAAGUACAUUGUGGGAGCCAGGUACGACUGGUCGUCAUAGCGAUCAGAGACAUUGCCAAGGGCGAGGAAAUCACGGUGGACUACAACUUGGCUGAGUGGGGAGAAAACGCGCUGGCUUUCCAUCGCUCUGUAUCACCACGUGGAUUUGAAUGCGCCUUCAAUCCAGACAGCAGUAUUAAGAAGGAAGAGGAGGCAGCUCCGUCUCUGCCUCUGUCUCUCACAGUUUCAGACUACCUCACUCCUUCAUGGUCUCUCUCACCUUCAUCCUCUCCACUCUCUCGCUCCGAGGCCAGUGAUUCGGACCGAGAGGAAGAUGAAGAGGAGGAGGAAGAGGAGGAAGAGGACGAGGAAGAAGAAGAGGACCUCGAAGAACUGAGGGGCCGCAUGAUGCGGAGGCGCAAGAAACGGAAAACGACAAAUAAUGCAACCAAAAAAAAGUCUCAAUCCAGCCCUCUUUCCUUCCCUCCAUCCUCCUCACCCUUCCAGACCCCUUUAGCCCCGCCUACCACAAACAUAAACAAUAACAUAAACAUAAACAUUGGCCGCAGCGCAAGCAGGAAGCAACACUGUCCUCACUGUGGCCGUCAUUUCCGCUCUCUCGCUCGGCAUCUUGAAAAGCACCAUGAUCAGCAACCGGAAAUCCGGAAUGCCAUGGAACUGUCACAUGGCCCGAGAUCCUCACACACACCAUCCUCAGCACACACACAUGGCUCACACACUUUCAGCUCACCACAGCCCUCUGCUUCCUCCUCUUCCUCCUCAGCCACCCCCAACCUGUUCUCUCGCGACUCAUCCGGUUCCGGUUCAGCAGCCAUGUCAUUCUCUCUCUCCCUUUCUCCUUCUUCACGUCGGCCUUCCUCCAAAAAGAGCCCCGCCUCUCUCUCCUCCCCACCGAGAAAGAACACAGCUCCUCCAGCAGUAGUCGUGAAAAAGUCUGCCAGUCCUCCAGCCAAAAGAGGGCGACGGCCAAAGAAGGAGAAAGAAGAGAAGCAAAAGAAACAGGAGGAGAUUGAAAGAGCAAAAGAGGAAGCUCCACCCACGCCGGGCCGAAACGACGAGGAGGUAGAUGAUGAGGAACUGGAUCUGACUGAAAUGAGGGACGAUGACAGUGGAGAAGAGAAGAAUGGUGGAAGCUCUCACCGCUCCCAUGUGUCUCCCCUCCUGUCCUCUCUCUCCACCCUGGUUUUGUAUCUCCGACGUCAGCAGCACUCAUCCUUCCUCUCCCUCUCGCGUUCAAGCAGCUCGGCAGAAGCCUGGCGCCUGCUAUGCCACUCCAGCCUGGCGCUGCUCAUUCUCUAUAACCGUCACCGCGAGUGUGAGAUGGCAAAACUGACCAUAAAUGACUACCGCAGCCGCAUUACUCCUUCCCCUAACUCCAGCUCCCCUCUUGAAGUGUCUUUGUCCCCUUUUGAGCGUCAGGUUUUGUGCCACAGGCCCCGCGUGGGCGUUUUAGGAAAGCGCGGUCGGAUUCAGCCACUAAUCCUUCCACCUCAUUCUGAAUCCUGCCUCGAUUUGCUUCUGAAAACUUCCACAGAUGUAAAUGUCGAUCCCGAAAGCCCUUAUGUGUUUUCUCGGCCGUUUCAUUCUCCUGCCACCCCUCUACGUGGCACGGACCUCCUGCGUGGGUUAGCGCGUGCCAGUGGGGCUAAAAACCCUGCAGCACUGACAUCACCACGCACCCGAAGGCAAGUCGCCAUCCUCACCCAGCUCCUGCUGAUGGACGAAGGAGAGAAGGAGAGGCUUGAGCACUUCCUUCACAGCGAGUAUCACGUCACCCAGAGCUGCACCCGGAUCGGACAGGACCCAGCGUUGAUGGGCCGAGUGGGGCGUGUUGUGCUGUACGGGGAGAGAGAUGGGGUGUUGUUCAGAGGGAUGAGCCUCAAACACAUCUGCCUCGAGCUGGAUGUAAUGUCUGGGAAUUCAGCAGAUUCUUUCUCGGAGGAAUCUGAUGGAGAAGGAGAGAAGAGUAAUGAGAGAACAGAGGCAGGAAAGACAGCAGGAGUGAAUGGCCGCGGACCUUCUAAAAACAGCGCUAGUCCCGUCCCCUCACCCACUACACCUUCCCCAUCAGGUUCUCACAAGAGGCGGAGCUCACAAAUAAAAUCAGACGGACACAUCGGACAGAGGGCUGGGGGCUGUUUUGUCCCAGGAGGUGGAGGGGGAGGAUCGCCCCGUGCUGUAUAUCAGCAGGAAGCUGUCAGUGCGUGAGGGGCGCUACAGCACAAUCGAGAAGGAGUGCCUAGCCAUCAAGUGGGUGGUCCUCGCCCUCUGCUACUACCUGCUGGGAUGCCCUUUCACCCUCUGUUCGGACCACGCGCCCCUCCAGUGGCUCCACCGCAUGAAGGAUGCCAACGCGCAGAUCACCCGUUGGUAUCUGGCACUCCAGCCCUUUAAAGGAAAAGGCAACUUUUGUACAAAACCAGGUGUGUAAUAGGAGAAAAACAUAUACGUAAUCAAUUCCGUUAAUUAUUUCCAUUAUAUAUCGAACAUGAAAAAAUAUUUUUAACUUUGAAAUCAUGAAUUGACACAGAGGAGUCAAAGUUGGAGGAGUCAGCCAUUUUGAGAUUGUGGGCAACUAUAAACCAAUCAGAAUCUUUCGUUAAUGCGCCUCCCUCUGAUCUGUGAUGUCACUGGGCCCAUGAAAACAGUGUUUACAAGCAGAUCACUGUGAUUAGGAGUCCCGGCGGGUGGCUUGUAUUCGAUUCGUUUAUAUCCCGACCUUGUCAGCUGUCAGAUUUAUGUUCAUGGACCCGGUAAGCUGGUAAAUAAUUUUUUUUUUUCUUUACCAAAUUCUAACAGAAAACGAGAGCGCCCGAAAGGGAAAACCGAGCCGAGCCGCUUCACACAUGCGCAGUAGGCUUGGUAGGACAAAUCCAAAUAGGAGUCAUUCAGGAUUCAGCCAAGUUUUUGCUCCGUGUUUUUACUCAACCAAAGUUAUACAGUAUUAUGAGCUUCAAGUUGCAUAAAUAAAACCAUUUGGUGAAACUUUGAAGAAGCGAUUGUACUGGUUUUUUACCUUAUUACCAUGAAGCACUGAAGAGUUCUUUUCAGUGGUGGGCCGCAUGACGUCACGCAGUAGAUCAAUAUGGCGGAACGUAUCUUCGCUGAGCUCAGCGCAAGCCCAUAUUAUUAAAAGUUAAAAGAUACUGUUAUGCGGUCUGUUCUUUCUCUAUAAAUUCCAUGAUCGAUUACUUUAUAUAUUUAUCUAUCCAUUUGUGGUGAUUUUGUACAAAAGUUGCCUUUUCCUUUAACUUCAAGGUGAUCAACAGGCCGGGGGCGCAGAUAGUUGUGGCAGACUUCCUCUCCUGUCAAGGGGGGAGUCGGCUGCAGGCCAGACGGCUGCCCGGCCUGAGUCGGGCGGUGGGGGUAUGUGGCAGCGGGGGCGUGGUCAAGCGUUGGUCUGUAACUGGAGGGCAGAGUCAGGGAAGGUAAGUGGCAGAAUCACUACACCUGAUGUCAAUUAACCUGUUUGCGUGUCUUCCCAGCGACCACACCCUAUAUAAGGAGAGAGAGAGCAGAGGAAGUGAGCUCUCUCCCCAACCAGACAGCUGAUGUGUGUGCACGCGUGUGUCCGAGUGUCUGGGAGAGUGAAACGCUGAAAAGUGUUGCAAUAAAGAGUUUUUGGAAAACUCAGUUCUGGCCUGCCGUACUUCUGUGCUCCACCCACCCACGCAAAGUUCUACAGUAUCAUUUCCACAAUGAUUGUACAGGAUCUCCCAGGAUUCUUGACUUGUCAAUUGCAAGCAAAAGUAAAAAUGUUUACCUGCAAUCUUCUCCUUUUUGCUUGAGCGUUGCUGGUCCGUUUCUUCUUUGACUGCUUGAUUUUGUUUCACGCGCACAAUCCACUCUCUCCGCCUCAUCUCCUCUUCCGGAAAAAGCCAACCCGCUCGCUCCGCCUCUUCUCCUCUUUCGGAAAAAGCCAAUCCACUUGCUCCGCCUCUUCUCUUUCGGAAAAAGCCAACCCACUCACUCUGCCUCUUCUCCUCUUCCAGAAAAAGCCAAUCCACUCUCUCUGCCUCUUCUCCUCUCUCGGAAAAAGAUAAAAACUGCUUUCUGAGCCGGUCCCGUUGUUACAGUUCACUGCACAACAAUAAGGCAUGGUUUUUCUUUGGAAAUUCCCGAAUGCACGUCUGCACUCAAGCCAAACGAUAAUGCAAGUAAACGGAAGUGGACUCAAUUCAAGCGGUUUGUUUGUCUUGAAUGACGUCACACGCCAAGUGGUCACGAAAAUUGCUGAACAGAAAUUUGCCGCGAUCCGUGCUAACUUAUUUUAAUUAUUACUUAUUAACAAUACUUCUUGGGACCAGAAGAAAAUUACAGAGGGUUUUUUACAUAUAAAGUUUCAAAUGUGCAUAAAUUGAAAACUGUUGCCUAUGAUCUUUAAAUGUAUACAUAUAUAACUGUAUAUAAAUAACAGAAAAUGAACCUGAUUUAUAUUUUGUGUAGAGAAUGAAGCCAAUGCUGAUCAGUACCAGUACACAAAACACCAGAAUGAAAAGAAUCUUCCACACUCCACUACUGUUAACUGAAAGAGGGAGAAGAAUUUAAGUGAUUAGACUGACAUUGUGAUAAAUACUGUGUUUACAAUUAAAGUAAAUUAAAUGUUACUUAAUGUUAAAAGUUAAUUAAUGUUACCUUUAUUUAGUUACAUUUAAUGCUGUAGAACACCACAAAUGUUAGUUGUGCCUAUCGUUUACAUUAUAGCAGCGAUAAACAGUCAUUCCAUCAUCAGCCCCUCUUUCAUGAAAACUUCCCCAUGGCAGAAAACUGACUAUUACAAAUCAAUGACACUGGAGACUCCUUCUACAUGUUACGCAAAAGCCUCCUUACAUCUUUUAAUUUCAUGGCAUUAACAUUUAUACAUUUUCUUUGUGAAAUAAGAUGAUUUUUAACCUGUUUAUUAUUAGUCUUAGAUUAUGUGGCGUGUGAAGUCCAUGUGCAUGACCUGUUGUGAAAUAAACUAUAAAAUAUUACACUGUAGAACUGGCACAUUAAUAUAAAACAUGUAUGUAUAAAAUUAAUUAAUACCUUCUGACCAAUCAGAAUUAAGAUUUCAACAGUGCUGUAGUAUAAAGUCAGUAACUGUACACCUACAAAUUGCACCUACAGUACUAUAUAUGUACAAUGUUUUCAUAGCAAACCUGAUAGGCGGGCCCCUAAAUCCAGGCUCACAUUUCUUUUCUCAUCUUCUGACAGAGUCACAGAACAGGUUAUUGAGUUAGAGACAGAAGAUGACAGGAUGAUCCAGCUGUAAAUGCAAUACAGGCCAUUUCCUUGUUCACUGUAAAUGGGGGGUCUAGGAUCAGAAAGAGUAUCUCCUUUUUCUUUGGUAGAUUUCCACAAGAGACUCGGUCGAGGAAACCAGCCACAGGAAGAACAGCUGAGGUUCACAGAAUCUUGAUGGUGCUCCAGAGAAAGGAGAGGCAGAGAGCCUAGAGCUGAGAUGGGGAACAAGGAAGAGACAGAGAGAAUAAGAUGGAUUGGAGUGGAAGGGUUAGAAAGAGGGGAUUCUCAGAUGAGUGGAGAAACAUCAAGCUUCCAUCUAGCCAUCAAUCAAACCUCAUCAAACAUCUACUCACCAGUUAAACUGAGUUCCACAGUGUUGUCAUCAUAUGAUUUGUCUCCACUCACAUAGCAGUGAAAAAUCCCAAUAUCUGAGAAGCCAAGGUUGUCCAAUCUCAAGGAGACAUCUCCCUGUUUCAGUCCAGCAGACUGAGGGUUUCUCAGGGUCAACGAGCUCCGAUUCCUGUACAUCUCCUGAUAGUCUGUAUUGACUUUACGGUUCUGGUAAAACAAUAAUGGAGUUGUGAACUGACCUGGGCGGUACCAACGAAUCUCCAAAGUCUCUGCAUCAAUCUCAGGGGAGAGCCAACAUGGAAGAACCACAGAGGAACCGUAUUUCCCAAUUAUUACAGUCUCAGUACAGUUUACAGCGAUAGAGUCUAAGAGAGAGAAAAAAAAAUUAAAUCCUGCUUAAAAAUUGUGGAUAAAUUAUUAGAACAAAGAAAAAUCACAACAGUCCCCACCAAUGACCUUUUAAUGUUUGAUCUUCUAGUGAAUUGAACUUCCACUAGUUUGACCUACGAUUUGUUUGUUCUCCUAUCGUUUUGAUCGACCGAUUGUGAUAUGGUGAUGCACUGGUUGUUUGAGCUUCCAGUGAUUUGCUUUAACAAUUGUUUGUUCUACUGGUGAUUUCAUAGUCCAGUGGUUUGUGCAUUUCAUUCCCAAUACCAUUUUAAGUCACUAUGUUUAUUAACUGUAAUCAGUUAUGUAAUUUUUGAACUGUUAUUAUAGAAUUAGUACCGGUAAUUAGUAUAUGGGUCCGUCUCAGAAACUGGUCUCUCAUUUGGGACAUUAUGGUCAAAAAAUAAAUUUUCUAAUUUUACUAUUUUGUUUUUUUUUUAAUUUACCUAACACUCAAUGUUUCUUUUGUCAUGUUUAAUAAGAAUAAAAAUAGUAUCUUGCUUUA